AUGGCAUCGCUUUUCUCUCGAGCAGUGGCUUCCAUUCGGAGCAAGGAGAUGCGAGACUAUUUGACGAGCACUCACUUCUGGGGUCCAGUCGCCAAUUGGGGCAUCCCGAUCGCUGCAAUCGGUGAUCUGAAAAAAGAUCCUUCCAUGAUCAGCGGCAAAAUGACGUUCGCUCUAUGUUGUUAUUCUUUGAUGUUCGCCCGUUUCGCCUGGAUGGUGAAGCCGCGGAACCUGCUCCUGCUUGCCUGCCACAUCACCAAUGAAGCCGCGCAGUUGACACAGAUGGGACGACUCAUUCACCACGAACACUUCGGCGGUAAAGCACAGUGGGAGGCCAAGAAGGUGGCGGCGGAAAGCAAGACCUCGUAAUAACUAAGUAGCAGGAUAUCAUCUGCGACCGGUGCUUCCGUAGUGCAAGUGACUGGGAUCUUCGUCAGUGGUCCGAAAUUAUUCGGCGAAAGGGGAUUACGGGACUUGGGUUUUUAUUUUGCAUUCCGCUCGGUUAUUCGUACAAUUAAUUGUUGGGAAAGGAAAGAAAAUUUUGUUUCGCAUGAUGGCGAAAUCAAACCGUUUUUUUGGCUGUUGACGAGCGUUUGUGGGGUGAUUCGCUCAUUUUGUCGAGCUUUUAAAUUCCGGUGUUUAUGCGUGGUGUACGUUCCACUUGUUUUACAAACCUAGCAUCGAUCAAUGGCCGCGGGGAAAACGGCGUUUCGAAGAAGACUAGAUUGAGUUCUCUCUGUCUUCGUCUGCCAGCUUCGUUCAUUCGCUAAUUUGACCUUCGAUUUAUAAUUAUGGUUUAAAUUUCGGAUGAUACCAGCUAGUCAUCAAUAUUUCAAGGUAAGAUUGUGAUCAAAGCUCAGUUCCGGUGAAAACUAUCCGCUGUAGCUGAGGAGGUAAUUGCAGGCAAGAAUGACUAAAUUUUUCGCUACUGCGAAAAUAUUAUCGGUAGUUUUGACCAGACUUAACGUAUUCACUCGAAUAUAAGAUUUCCGCUCUUGAUUUUGAGUCACGAAAGGUUAGGGGCCGUGUUUAAAUCGAUGAAAUCUUCACAUUCUUGUUUUGAAGGCAAGAUUCUGGUGCGGCUAGAAAAUAGAAGCGGGUAUGAAAAUUGAUGGCAUCGUAUAUUCGCGUAAAUACGGUUUAUUUAGAGUUUAGACCCUGCGUUAUCACGUUAAUCAAUGAGAAAUCCAGUUUUCAGACUUUUGUUUCCGUAUAUGCCUCUGACCGUAUCGGUCAUCUUUAAGCAUUUGUCAUCAGUCUGAGCA